CGACCUGGGUGGCGGCGGCGGCGGCGGCGGCGGCAGCAGCAGGAGACAUGGAUGAAGAAGGCAACAGCACCAGCCUUGAGGCUGUGUUACCAGCAGGUGGAACACGAAUUCUACAGUUUGUAGAAGACAGAAUACAGACUACUAUGCUGACCGGAAUUGCAAUUGGAGCUGCAGUCGCAUUACUACUUAUAGCAAUUGCGUUUGUCGUUUACAGAAGAGUGAAACAAUCUAAACAACUUCAGCCACACGUGCCCCAGUACAGAUUUCGCAAGAGAGACAAAGUGAUGUUCUAUGGGCGGAAGAUCAUGAGAAAGGUUACAACUCUUCCAAACUCUCUGGUUGGGAACACUGUGCCUCGCCAAAGGAUGCGGAAGCGAGCAAAAGUUUUAUCUUUGGCUAAAAGGAUUCUGCGUAUUAAGAAGGAAUGUCCAACUCUGCAGCCAAAAGAACCACCUCCCUCUUUGCUAGAGGCAGAUCUGACUGAAUUUGAUGUAAAGAAUUCCCAUUUGCCAUCCGAAGUCCUAUACAUGCUUAAAAAUGUUAGGGUCCUUGGCCACUUUGAGAAACCUCUUUUCCUGGAAUUGUGCAAGCACAUGUUUUUUGUGCAAUUGCAUGAAGGUGAAUACAUCUUUCGUCCUGGACAGCUGGAUAACAGCAUCUACGUUGUGCAGGAUGGCAAGCUGGAAGUUUGCAUUCAAGAAAGUGAUGGAACAGAAGUGGUUGUUAAGGAGGUGCUGGCAGGAGACAGCGUCCACAGCCUUCUCAGCAUUCUUGAUGUUAUCACGGGUCACCCUGCCCCUUAUAAAACGGUCUCAGCCCGAGCAGCCAUUCCGUCCACUAUAUUGCGACUUCCAGCAAGUGCCUUUCAAGAUGUCUUCCAGAAAUAUCCUGAAACUCUUGUUAGAGUGGUACAGAUCAUCAUGGUAAGGCUGCAGAGAGUGACAUUCCUUGCUUUGCACAACUACCUUGGUUUGACUACUGAGCUCUUCAAUUGUCAGAGCCAAGCCAUCCCGCUCAUCUCUGUGACAAGUGUAACAUCUGGAGGAAGUUCGAGCAAAGCAGUAAAAAGACAAGUGUCUAAUGUAUCAGAGGAAGAUCGUGGAGAAAAGUCUGAAAAAGCUGGGGAAGCACUGGAAAUAGAUACGUUGAAGAUUUCUGGUACAGAAAACUCUGAUCAUGUUUUCAGAAGAAGCCUUUCUUCACCUCCCUAUGCAGGAUCUGCAGAGACUUCCAAUAAUUCCAGCGGUGCAAAGUCAGACAUGGACAUGGCGUAUGAAAGAGCCAGAGUGCACUUUGGCUCGGAGGACGCUGCCAGCAGUCCUGUUGUGGGCAAGUCGAUAUUGAAGAAGACUGUGACGGUGACAGAAACUCCUUCAGCAGUUUUCCAUUAUAGUGCUGUGCAAGACUCCUGUAAUAGCAAACAUAUUGAUGCCAUUGUCGAAGCAGCAAAGAAAGACCUUUCAACCUUGAUAAAACUUGAUCGUCCUUCGUUGUUGAAUGGCAAAGUGACGCUGCAUCAGGUUACUGCUGGGACUGUGCUAUCGAGGCAAGGAGAUCAGGAUGUUAAUGUUUGCUUUGUGGUCUCGGGGAUGCUUCACGUGUACCAGCAGAAGAUAGACUCAGAGGAGGACACCUGUCUGUUCAUUACCCAUCCAGGAGAACUCGUAGGUCAGCUCGCUGUCCUGACUGGGGAACCACUGAUUUUCACCAUCAAGGCCAAUCGAGACUGCAGCUUCCUGUCUAUUUCCAAGUCCCAUUUCUAUGAGAUAAUGCGGGAGCAGCCAAGCGUGGUUCUCGGUGUGGCCCACACGGUUGUGAAGAGAAUGUCCCCGUUUGUUAGGCAAAUCGACUUUGCCCUGGACUGGAUGGAGGUUGAGGCUGGACGAGCUGUUUACAGGCAGGGUGACAAGUCAGACUGCACGUACAUUGUGUUGAAUGGUCGACUUCGCUCAGUCAUACGGAUGGAUGAUGGAAAAAAGCACCUGACCGGUGAAUAUGGCCGAGGAGACUUAAUUGGAGUGGUAGAAGCAUUAACCCAUCAACCUAGAGCCACAACAGUACACGCAGUCAGAGAUUCAGAACUUGCCAAACUCCCAGAGGGAGCGCUGACAUCUAUCAAACGCAAAUUCCCCCAGGUUGUGACUAGACUUAUUCACUUGCUGGGCGAGAAGAUUCUUGGCAGUCUUCAGCAGGGAGCAGCUCAUCCUCUUGGAUUACACAGCUCGAGUAGCAAGUGGGAUGCCGGAAAUCCUGCCAGCAAUCUCUCCACAGUAGCAAUUAUGCCGGUGUCUGAAGAGGUGCCACUUACGGCUUUUACUCUGGAGCUCAAGCAUGCUCUCAGUGCUGUGGGUCCUGCUUUGCUGCUCACCAGUGAUAACAUCAAACAGCGACUUGGUUCUGCUGCGCUGGAUAGUACCCAUGAAUACCGACUGACUAGCUGGCUGGGACAGCAGGAAGAUAUUCACCGUAUUGUACUCUACCAGGCAGACAGCACCCUUACUCCCUGGACGCAACGCUGCAUCCGGCAGGCUGACUGCAUCUUAAUCGUCGGACUGGGAGACCAGGAGCCUACUGUUGGAGAGCUGGAGAGGAUGCUGGAGAACACCGCGGUCCGAGCCCAGAAGCAACUCAUCCUGCUCCAUAAGGAGGAUGGGCCUCUCCCUUCCCGAACUGUGGAAUGGCUCAACAUGCGGAGCUGGUGUUCUGCUCAUCUUCAUCUCCACUGUCCACGCAGAGUCUUUUCCAAAAGAAGCCUGCCCAAGCUGAUAGAGAUGUAUGAACGCGUAUUCCAAAAACCACCAGACCGUCACUCUGACUUUUCUCGCCUGGCUCGUGUUCUGACUGGAAACGCCAUUGCGCUGGUGCUUGGGGGCGGAGGAGCAAGGGGAUGCUCCCAAGUGGGAGUUAUCAGAGCGCUGAUUGAAGCUGGCAUCCCCGUAGAUAUGAUCGGAGGAACAUCUAUUGGUGCUUUUAUGAGUGCCUUGUACGCUGAAGAACGCAGCUACAAUCAGAUGAGGAUCAAAGCUAGGCAGUGGGCCAUGGUUAUGAACUCAGUGUUUAAGACUAUUCUAGACUUGACAUAUCCAAUAACCUCUAUGUUUUCUGGAGCGGCUUUUAACAACAGCAUCAACAACAUCUUCAAAGAUAAGCAGAUAGAGGAUCUGUGGAUUCCUUACUUCACUAUCACAACCGACAUCACUGCCUCAGCAAUGAGAGUCCACACGGACGGCUCUCUGUGGAGAUAUGUCCGUGCCAGCAUGUCCCUCUCUGGCUAUAUGCCUCCUCUCUGUGACCCGAAGGAUGGGCAUCUCUUGAUGGAUGGAGGCUAUAUCAACAAUCUUCCAGCUGAUGUUGCAAGGUCCAUGGGCGCAAAGGUGGUGAUCGCGAUCGAUGUGGGGAGCCGGGAUGAGACAGACCUCACCAACUACGGCGACUGCUUGUCUGGCUGGUGGCUGCUCUGGAAGAGGUGGAAUCCACUGGCCGAGAAAGUCAAGGUGCUGAAUAUGGCAGAGAUCCAGACACGGCUUGCGUACGUGUGCUGUGUGCGGCAGCUGGAGAUGGUGAAGAACAGCGAUUACUGCGAGUAUAUCCGGCCGCCCAUUGACCGAUACGGUACCCUGGACUUUGGGAAAUUUGAUGAAAUCUGUGAAGUGGGAUAUCAGCAUGGGAAAACCGUAUUUAAUGUCUGGUGCAGGAGUGGAGUCCUUGACAAGAUGCUAAGAGAUAGGCAAGAGACUUGCAAAUCCAAAACUGAUAACGUGACCUGUCCCACCACCUCUUUUACGGACCUGGCAGAAAUCGUGUCCAGGAUCGAGCCCGUGAAAGCACCUGUGGCAGACGAUGAGUCAGACUACCAGACUGAGUAUGAGGAAGAAAUUCUGGACAACCAGAAGGACGAUUAUAUCAAUUUCAUAAGCAACCAGGUUGAAGAAGACUCUGACUCGGAUGAAGAUAUGCAGCUAAGAAAGCGCAGGAAUCUCCCCAAUGUGGACGGCCAGGCAAGCAGCACGGGAGAGCCAGGCUAGCACUCAGAAGAGUCCGACCUUGCUGGCUGAGAGCUACAUCCCAUUCGUACUGACAGCAGCCAUAUUUAUUUAUUAAAUAUUUAAAAAAACCAAAACAACGUCUAGUUGAAAUUAAGCAAGCUUUUGUCCUUCUCCAGACAGGGUAUGGGGCAUUCAGCUGCCAGCACUAAGCACAAAUAUCUGCAUCAUGCCCGAGUCCCUUGGACCUCUCGUGAAGGGUGGCUGACGUGUGCCGUACUCCCUCGUGCAGGUGCCAGUAGGAGCAGCCGGUUAUUAAUCACUCUGAGACUGGCAGAGGGGAAGCGUGCUGGGAACGUGCAGUUAAAUGCUGCCUUGAUUUUUGCUGCUGUAUGUUCUAGUCGCUGUUUUUGCUGCGAAGGCCCAAAGAAUGACGGGAUAUUAUCCUGCCGUGUGCUGAAAAGGCUCCGAGCAGCAGCAGCACCAGAGAGAGGGAGGGGUUUGCGGGUCGCAGCAGCGUUGCUUUCUUUUCAUAUGAAUCAGGUAACUGUAAUUAACUCCUCAGUGACUUUCAACCAUGUACUUGUGAGCAGUGCUCUGACAGGAGCAAGCCUGAAUGUAUUUCACUUGAAAUCUAAACAUAAGAAAUCAAUUAAUGUGAACGCUAGCUAUAGAGCCUGUAUCCUCAAGCCACCAGCAGAACAUUUACUGAUGGAUCAUGGAGCUGACGCUUGCCGGGCAACUCUGGAAUCACUGCUUGGCUGUAUUUGCCCUGUGAAAUAAAGUUAUUCUGCUGGA